UCUUUAAUUUGUGCUGUUUUAUGGAAACGAAAAGAAAUUUUCCAAAAUUGAAAAAGAAAAGGAAGGGAAUCGGAACAGAAUGAGACGUUCACAUGCCCUCUGGAACAUCUAGACAUGGAUACAGGAGAAUCAUAAAACAACUAGAAAAACGUAAUUUGUCCAGGUGUUUUAUGACCCUUUUCGCUUGCCAUAAACAUCGACUCCGUCGUAAUCCUCAAUGGUUGGAAUUUGGUUAAAAGAGUUUAAACAUGAAGUGUGUCAUUGAAGGGAAAAAUGCCAAAGUGUUUGGCAGAGCUGUCCAUGCCCUCUCCAGGGUUGGAGAUGAGCUGUGGUUGGACCCCACUGUCAAAGGACUGGCUCUCAGAUCAGUGAAUUCGGCUCAGUCCGCCUACGCCUGCUUCAUCUUUUCGCCGCUGUUCUUCCAGCAGUACAGCUUCAUGGGAUGUGUGCCAAAGCAGAGCAGUAAAACGGUCAAAUGCAAACUUCUAAUGAAGUCUCUGCUUCCACUUUUUCGCUGUCUGACUUCCAUUGAGCGCAACGUUGAGUGCUGUCAAAUAUCAGUCAGUGCAUCCAGUGAUUGGGUGAUUAUCCAGUUUUUCUGCAGACAUGGCAUCACCAAAACCCAUAACCUACGUUUCCAGGAAAAAGAAGCUCUGCAGGCAGAGUUUGCCUCACACCUCUGCACAAAUGUGUUAAAAGCACCUGCCAGGCUUCUUGGCGAUAUGGUGAUGCACUUCCCGGUGUUUCAGGAGGAGAUAACUCUGUCCGCGACGCCGCUGCGAUUCAGCCUGAGAAAUUACGAGGAAAGUGGUGAAAGCCAAGUGAAGAUGAUGUACACAGAGAUGUCCUUACACCCAGAGGAGUUUGAAUACUUUCACGUCGACGUAAACUCAGAAAUAACCUUCUGUCUGAAGGAGCUGAGGGGUUUCUUGUCCUUCACAGAGUCACAUUGCCUUCCAGUGUUGGUUCACUUCGACUCAGCAGGAAAGCCUGUGUGCUUCUCUGUGGAGGACACGCUCUUUGAGGCCUCUGUGGUUCUGGCUACACUGAUAGAAUCUAAAAGCACAGACUCCAUCCAACCUGUAGGGAUUCAGGUCCACGCCACAUCCAGAUAUGUGGAUGCUGCUGCCCUCCGCGUGCAUGCAUGUGAAGGACACGGUGAAACAGGCAGAGAGCGCAUCACAUCCAGUCAAGGCAGCACCGUCAGCCCUCAACCCGACCCAAUUCCUCCUUUGCCUCAGACUCAACAAGCUAACAAAGAAUCUAUAAGUGUUAAUACAAGUCCAGCUUCCUCUAUGGUCUGCACUCUUCUAUUCAAGGCCUUGUCCUCAGAGCACGAUGACAACGUUUGUGCUGCAACUCCGCCUGUUCUGGCUGGUUACAGCGAUGAGGAAAUGAUGGAGGAGUUCUGUCCAAAAAGCCCUUCUCUGUGAGAGCUGUUAAGAUGUCAUCUGUUCUGACUUGUUCUUUCUGCUAAAAGCAAUAGAGUUCACAUUUAGUUUGAAUUUCCCUUCAUUAUCAAGCUUUGCGUUUCAGUGACUUAAGGCAUGUAGCUUCCUGCUCAGAGGCUGCUUUAAAUAUUCAGGAUGAAGGCAUCCUUCUUUGAUAAUUUAUAUCCCGACUAGCUUUUCAAAAUGUGUAUUAAUUAAAAGCGAACGGUAAUCCUAAAAGUUUGGAGCAUUGUUGAUUUCGCGGAGAGAAAUUUUAUUCCAGCAAAUAUUCAAAUGCCAAAUGAAUGUGAGACUAACCCACACAAAGAACAAACUGUCCUUGAGUGUUAUCUGCGACUGGCGUGCACAGCAGUUCAGGCCGAAGAACGCUGUACACAGCCAGAUGUCAUGAAGCCUUGGUGUGAAAAAGCAGCCUUGAAUGGUUUGGAGCAGCUGGUGGGAAGAAACCCCCCCUUGUUCAGUCAAACAUGACGUUUGUGUCACAGCAAAGAAGCACACCAUGAUAAUAAAUACUAUAUUCUUUAUUUAAAUAAAAUACAGAUUGGAUUUCC